GCAGGGGCGCAGAGCCCAGCGUUCCGCCUGCGCAGCGCGGGCGGUGGGUGCGGUUCGGACACUCGGCGACGACGCGCCGCCCGACCGGUAGGAGCCGCCCUCGGCGAGCGGGCGCCCACGCCGCGACCGACGCCGCCCCUUCGCCCCUCACCGCCGCUGACCACUCGAGCGCCGACAUGGUGGAAGCCGACCGCCCCGGGAAGCUCUUCAUUGGCGGGCUCAACCUCGAAACCGACGAGAAGGCCCUCGAGGCAGAGUUUGGCAAGUAUGGCCGCAUCAUCGAGGUGCUCCUCAUGAAAGAUCGAGAAACCAGCAAGUCCAGGGGCUUCGCGUUCGUCACCUUCGAAAGUCCCGCGGACGCCAAGGCCGCCGCCAGAGACAUGAACGGCAAGUCCCUGGAUGGUAAGGCCAUCAAGGUGGCUCAGGCCACCAAGCCGGCCUUUGAGAGCGGCCGGCGCGGCCCGCCGCCGUCCCGCAGCCGCGGGCGCCUGAGGGGCCUCGCGGGCCCGCUGCGCCGGGAGCCGCCGCCCCCGCGCCGCGACCCCUACCUGGGCCCCCGGGAGGAGGGCUACUCGCCGAGGGACGGCUACUCGAGCCGCGACUACCCGAGCGCCCGCGACCCGCGCGACUUCGCCCCGUCGCCCCGAGAGUACACCUACCGCGACUACGGCCACGCCGGGGCCCGGGACGACUGUCCGUCGAGAGGCUACGGCGACCGCGACGGCUACGGGAGUCGCGACCGCGACUACGCGGAUCAUCCGAGCGGAGGCUCCUACCGAGACCCCUUCGAGAGCUACGGGGAGCUGCGCAGCGCCGGCCCGGCGCGCGGGCCCCCGCCAUCCUACGGCGGAGGGGGAGGCCGCUACGACGACUACCGGGGCUGCUCGCCCGACGCCUACGGCGGCGGCCGCGACGGUUACGGCGGCCGCAGCGAGCGCUACUCGCGGGGCCGCGACCGGGUAGGCAGAGAGGAUCGCGGGCUGCCCUCGUCCCUGGAAAGGGGGUGCCCUCCCCCGCGCGAUUCUUACAGCCGGUCGGGCCGCAGGGCCCCCCGAGGCGGAGGCCGCCUGGGAAGCCGCUCCGAGAGGGGAGGAGGUCGGAGCAGAUACUAAAGGAACAGACUUGGGCCCAAAUCCGUUUUCAAAGAAACUAACGGAAAGAAGAACCUGUUCUGUGGAAAUUGCCCAAGGACUGGUACAAGGAAGAGUUGUUUUUACCUUUUAAGAAUUACCUGUUAACUUCCUCUCCAUAAUUUUUCUGCUUUUGGGAGGAAAAAAGUUAAAAUUCAUUUAAUUUCGUUUUGGAAUUGUUAACGUUUCUUGCAACAAGCUCAUGUUAAAAGUA